GCGCGGGGCGGUGCGGUGACGGCGGGGGGAGGGGCGCAGUCCGCCGGGCUGUCUGGGGGAAGUAGGAGCGCAGCGGCGCCGCUCAGCCCCUGUCAGUCCCCGUCAGCCGCCGCUAUGCCUGGCAUCGACAAGCUGCCUAUCGAGGAGACGCUGGAGGACAGCCCCCAGACCCGUUCUCUGCUGGGAGUAUUUGAAGAAGAUGCUGCUGCAAUUUCCAAUUACAUCAAUCAGUUAUUUCAAGCGAUGCACAGAGUAUAUGAUGCACAGAAUGAAUUAAGUGCAGCAACUCAUCUGACUUCAAAGCUUCUGAAGGAAUAUGAGAAACAGCAUUUUCCUCUAGGGGGAGAUGAUGAAGUUAUGACUUCCACUUUACAGCAAUUUUCAAAAGUGAUUGAUGAGCUCAGCUCUUGCCAUGCAGUACUUUCAACUCAACUUGCAGAUGCAAUGAUGUUUCCUAUUACUCAGUUUAAAGAAAGAGAUCUAAAAGAGAUAUUAACUCUAAAAGAAGUUUUUCAAAUUGCAAGCAAUGACCAUGAUGCUGCCAUUACCCGAUACAGUCGGUUGUCAAAAAGAAGGGAAAAUGAAAAGAUCAAGGCUGAAGUUACAGAAGAUGUAUAUACUUCAAGGAAAAAACAGCAUCAAACUAUGAUGCAUUAUUUCUGUGCGUUAAAUACUCUUCAGUACAAAAAGAAAAUUGCUAUGCUAGAACCAUUGCUAGGAUACAUGCAAGCUCAGAUAAGUUUUUUUAAAAUGGGUUCAGAAAAUCUUACUGAGCAGUUAGAAGAAUUUUUGACAAAUAUUGGCACAAGCGUACAGAAUGUUCGCAGGGAAAUGGAGUGUGAAAUAGAAAACAUGCAACAAACUAUAGAGGACUUGGAAGUAGCUAGUGAUCCACUGUAUUUGCCUGAUCCUGAUACUACGAAAUUUCCCGUUCACAGAAAUCUAACACGGAAAGCUGGCUAUCUCAACGCAAGAAAUAAGACAGGGCUGGUAUCUUCCAUUUGGGAGAGACAGUUUUACUUCACUCAAGGUGGAAAUUUGAUGAGCCAAGCAAGAGGUGAUGUAGCUGGAGGACUUGUCAUGGAUAUAGACAAUUGCUCAGUAAUGGCUGUGGACUGCGAAGACAGACGUUACUGUUUUCAGAUAACAUCUUUUGAUGGUAAAAAGUCUUCAAUCUUGCAGGCAGAGAGUAAAAAAGAUUAUGAAGAGUGGAUAUGCACAAUAAACAACAUAUCUAAACAGAUAUAUCUAAGCGAAAACCCUGAGGAAAUUGCUGCACGUGUAAAUCAGUCAGCUUUAGAAGCUGUUACUCCGUCCCCUUCCUUUCAGCAGAGGCAUGAGAGCAUGCGUCCAAUUGUACAAUCUCGUCCUACUGCAGCUCGUACUAGCAGCACAGGGUCACUGGGAUCUGAAUCAGCAACUUUAUCUGCACUUCCCUUGGAUUCAUUUGUUGCCCCUGACACUCCUAUACAAUUUGACAUAAUAUCUCCAGUUAGUGAAGAUCUGCCUGGUCAAGCAAAAUCUUCAGGGCAGGCAGGCAGACGCACAAAUCCUUUUGGUGAAUCUGGAGGCUCAAAAUCUGAAACAGAAGAUUCAAUUCUUCAUCAGUUGUUUAUUGUAAGAUUUCUUGGCUCUAUGGCGGUGAAGUCUGAUGAAAGUCCAGACGUUGUUUAUGAAACAAUGCGUCAAAUACUAGCAGCUCGGGCUAUCCAUAACAUUUUCCGGAUGACAGAAUCACAUUUAUUAGUCACUUGUGACUGUUUAAAGUUAAUCGAUCCACAGACACAAGUUACAAGACUACGAUUUCCUUUGCCCAACGUAGUCUUGUAUGCUACGCACCAGGAGAAUAAGCGCCUCUUUGGAUUUGUGCUUAAAACUUCAGGAGGGAGAGUUGACAACCGCCAAACUUCCGUCUGCUAUAUAUUUGAAUCAAAUAACGAAGGGGAAAAGAUUUGUGACUCCGUUGGACUGGCAAAACAGAUAGCUUUUCAUGCAGAACUGGAUCGAAAAGCAUCAGAAAAGGCAAAAGAAAUAGAGAGAGUCAAAGAGAAACAACAAAAAGAAUUAAGUAAACAAAAACAAAUCGAAAAGGACUUAGAGGAGCAAAGCCGAUUGAUAGCUGCUUCCAGCAGAUCAAACCCAAGUGGUGGAGAAGGACAGUUUGCAGUCCUUAGUAGUAGCCAGUCAGAAGACAGCGAUUUAGGAGAAGAUGGAAAGAAGAAGAGAGAAUCUGAAACCUAAGGUUGCCUACUCUAAUUAAAAUUGGAAUCAUGGAUAUAAGUUCUACAAGAAGUGAUAUGUAAGUGGGUCUGUUGUAUUGUAUAAAAGACUUCAUGAUGUGUAGACCCUUAUAUGCCUUGAUUUUUCUUUCUCAAUUAAGUGAUUUCCACUUUCAUGUCAGUAUAAUUUCUCUUUUGUAUGCCAGAUAAAGCGUGGUGAUGCUACCAUGUUUAUUACAAAAUUGUUUUCUCAAAAAAUUCUCUGCAGUAUGGAAAAACUCUUACGUUUUUUCCCUUUUACCUGCCUGUGUAAUUGACUGCUUUUGAACCAAGACUUAAAACUUUCACUAAUCUUAAACAGUAUGGUGAAAUUUGUUCUUUACACAAGUAUGCAGAACACCUUGCUGGAAACAAAAGUGGAUGCCUAAAUAAGGCAGUGCUAAGCUUUGCAUAACUUGUUGCACAUACUAGGGAUUUUUCUUUCUACGAACAGUUAACAUCAGUGAGAUGUGCAAUAGUUCUAGACAGAAAGAUCAUAUUUUUUGUUUCAUAUUGCACGUCUUGAUUUUUUUUCUUUUUGGUGAAUAUAAUGCUGGAAGGCUUCUUUGAACAGGAGAGAAAAAAUACUUCGUCAGACCUAUAUAAGAGCUGAAAAGAUGCAGUUGCAUUUUGCUGCGUGAGGAAUGUAUAAAACAUUUUUUAUCAAACAGUAAGAAUAAUGUAUAUAUUCUUGUAACACAAGUGCCAUGUUCUUGGUUUUCCCCACUAUAUGUGAUAAAAAGCUGUAAGCCUUUGAGUUCACUUUUUUAUAAAAAACAUGCUUAGAGUUGCAGGAACAUGUUGAAUUUUAUCAUUUGAAAAAUCUUCUCAAUCUAUAAAUGCCUUGCUACCAGUACACUAUGUUUACUGAAAAUGAGUUAAGGCUUUUAAAGUCUUUUUAUGGAGCUGUAUUUUGCAAACAGAAGUAAAAGAAUAUGCUAGUCUACAUCCUAGAGUCAAAUCCCAUAACGAGUUUUUCAAACUAAUGUCUGUUUACACCUCUAAGCCUGAACUCCAUGGUCCAUACCCUGUGUAAUAUUUAUUUUGUACAAUACUAAAUGUGCAUUCAUCUUUUGAUCCAGAAGAGAAAACUUGUUUGAAGUAAGAAGAAAUAUUUAUUUUUGCACUAAUUACUGUAAGUACUAAACGCCAGUGAAACAGUUGCCUCUCUAAUAGGGGCCUGAAAGUAAUAGGAAAUGUAGAAAGAAAAUAAAAUACUUAUAUUCCAAGUUGUAUUAUAAGUUAUGACUGUUUUACAGUUUAUUGCAGGGUGUUUCUGGUGUUCAGGAAUGGAAGCAAUUUUCAGAAUAUUUCCCAUCAGCUGGUGAUGGCCCAGUCCUUCAGAGCUAGAGUCGGUUGGCACUGAUUAAGUAAGGGAGGAAGCUCAGGACCUCUCUGCUAGGCAUCUGUAGGUGCAUAGAGGGGACGCUAUCCUUAACUCUCCUCGCACACAGGAGUUGUGGCUAACAGUGGCAAUCUCCUCCUGCUCUUUCUGCUGGAGAUGAAAAGUUCUAUGCAGAAACUUAACUGCAUCUGGCUCCUGUCGCAGGAGAGAGAAAGGAGCAGUGCCUGCUGCAAGAAUAAGUCUGCUUCACUGGGGCUGCUACAGCAACAGGAACUAGAGCAGCUUGCGUGAUACCACAGGCCCUGUAGCAUAUAGAAGGGACUGAGCAGCCAUGGAAGUAGUCACAAUAUUCCUGCCUUAAAAGAGGAGGUGGUCUAGGAGACUGAGCAAUGAAGAGACUUGAGGCUCUCUUCCUGAGGUGGUUAGCAGCUCCAGUUCCAGCAUGUUUCAUCCCCACUGUAGCCAGUUGCAGAAGUACCUGCUUUUGGUGUUGCCCAGUCAGGCCCAAUAGCAUCAGCCUGUGGCCAGAUUUGGCCAGCACACUGUCACAUGGACCAUACAAAUCUGAGGCUUUUUUUUAUUUUAAAAAAAAAAAAAAAACUGAAAUGGCAUUUUUAUUUUGUUUGUAGUCUUGUAUUCUCAUCUCAUCUGUAAGAGACUGUUUUUAUUCUUUCGAAAAAAAAGUACAGAAAGGCAGCAGAUGCAUCUUUUCUUUUGUCUCCUUUUUGUGCCUAAAUACAGGCUUACAGAUAGUUGGAUGGCAGCCAGUUUACCUCUGGAAAUUGAUCUAGUUUGUGUUUCUUUCUAUAAUGGUCUUUGUUUUUUGCACUAUUUCUGGUUUCUAUCAAUCAAAUAUCAUGCCAGCACAGCUCAAGGUUAUUGUGUCUUCCUUAAGUACAUGCUGAAGACGAAGUAAGUGUGAAACAGCUCAGGAAGAAUGUGAUUAGUGGUAUCCAGUUUCUAGAAUCUAGUCACUGGGCUGUCAGAGUAAGAUUAGCUGCAAUAGCCACCGCUCCACGGGGAAGACAGAUAAUAGGUUAGUAAUCUCACCAGAAAUCACUGCUGACAGAGAAUUGAUAUAUUUUUUCUUGACCCGUACCAUUAAUGUUUUAGACUUAAGUAUGUAACUAUGAGGAGGAAAUCAGGAGAAAAAGAUGGGACAUGAAAUAACUGUUAAGGAAUUUGUCAGAUUUAACUAUUUAUGAUUGGAAUUACUUCAGUUUUAGCUCAGGCUUUCCCAUCUAUUGCAACUAAAUCUAGUUUUCUAAAA